CACAACAGCAGUUAACGCAGUUGAAAAUUCAUAAUUCAGAAACUCAAUCGCAAGUAAUAUUCCAACACAGUAUACACAAAAAAUGGGUGAAAAUAUCGAAAAGUCCACACUACCCUAUCAACUAUUUCUUUAUAAUGAGGAACUACGUCAUCCAAAUCCGAGGGUGGUACGUCGCAUUAAAUCAAAAGUGGAGCUAACCGAAACGCUAAUUAACGAAAACAUGAAGAAUCUCGACAACUACGGAGGCGCCGAUUUGAUGGCAAUAAACCGACAGGUGGAUUUUAAGGAGGAAUUAACAGAGAAAAUUGAAAUAAUUAAGGAAUGUCACAAAACAAUGAAAUCACAAAAGAAUUCAAGCACUUGGCUAUAGAAAAGGGAUGUGGAAAUGACUCAACAUAUCGUCUAAAUUUAAAAUUCAAGACGACGGCCAAGCGGCGAAGCCAUCAAAACCCACACAGUUUAAAUCGUUAUACUCCCAUAAUUAAUUUUAAUUUAAGUUUAAUUUACU